UGAACGUCGAACACGCGAUGUAACAUUCUGUUCGUAACUAUAGCAGGAGAAGCGCAUUUAGGAUUGGAAGGUUUCUGAGAAGAGAGUCGUGAUUAUCGACGUAAUUACAACUACGAGUUUAUCCAUUUAGUUCCGUAGAAUUAAAGUUGAAUGCGAGGAUAAUUGAAAAGUGAAUUAAACAUCAAUUUGCCAAGUGUCAGGCAAACGAGGAGGUAAGAACCUCAAAAGUCAGCAUCGUUUCCAUCGAAAAAGACUACGAUGCUGGACUAUUCGACUGCUGCGAUAAGUUUAUGAAGAGAACAAGAUAAAUUACAUAACGCUAUUAUUAUGUCCAUCGUUUGUGAAUUAAUCUUGGAUACUAUGCCGCGCUGCCUUCAAUGUCAAAUCUCUGGAAAAAUCCAGGAAUCCUUGAACAACCCUGAAUUAGAGGUUAUGAAUUCAAGAGGACGGGACCUUCACUCGGAUGAGGUUCGAGCAGGCUGAUUAGUUGAAAGGUGACAGUUGGACGCCGGCCGGCAUUGUGUAAGGAAGGAGGAUACGCGCGCUCCGUAUUUUUUUUACCUCGUGCGACAUUUUGACAUCAAAGGAUUGUUUGCCCACGACAAGAAAUUCGAUACCAGGAAGGAAAAAGUGUUGGGAGAAUCAGAAUACUGUGAAUUCCUGAAAAUGAUUCAAGAUAACGAUUGUGGGACUAGAGAGAUGGAUGAGAUCUAUAAGGAAGUUGUCAUUGUGGGAAAUGGACCAAGUGGUAUUUGUCUGUCUUAUAUGCUUGCUGGGAAUUGGCCGUAUUAUACAGGAGAACCACAUCCUGGUGAUGAGAUGCUCACCGCCAGGUUACAUUUCAGUACCAGAGCGGCUUCUACGGAUAAUAUCUUAGAGAAUGAUGGUGGUGAUGGUGGUACUCUUGGUAGAUCUUGUAAAAGGGAUAAGAUUGGUCUGGCUCAUAGUACCAGAUGUGGCUUAGAAUGUCUAUCUUCCGGUUUGGAAGGUAGAUCUGGUGGGAGACCUCUUGCUCUUCUUAUGGAUCAACUUCAGCAUCCGUGUGUAGACGCUGGACUUGAUCUUCCAUCUUUACUAACUUGGAAAUCUGUUGAAGACCAUCCUGAGCACAAGAUUAUUGAUCAUGUUGUUCUGGGCAAGGGACCUCCUGGUGGUGCUUGGCAGUCUAUGGAUCCAAACGUAUUAACCAUAAGUUUGAGUCGAUGGAUGUCUCUACCAGGAUUAGAUUUGAGAAAAUGGGAGCAACUUAUCGAGUCUGAACAAACAGACAAAUGUCACUCUCAGGAAAAAGCCAGUUGUAAAGCAGCCAGUAGAGUGUCUGUAGGAACAGUAGCAGCUUAUUACAAAGAUUAUGUUCUCAGACAGGGUCUUCAAAAAUACUUUAGAAGUGGUACAACAGUCACGUCUGCAAAGCCUGUUUCCACAGAAAAUGAAGGUGAAACCGAAUGGAUAGUAGAAGGUUUUGAAAAUGAGACUGGAAAAAAAUUCCGGUAUCGAUGUCGAAGGUUAGUCCUCGCUACAGGAACUACCGAUUCAUCUAAUCGACUUGGUAUACCUGGCGAGGAAUCCGAGACUUCCUGGGUAACACACGAUUUGAAUGAUCUUGAAAGCAGGCUGGACCUAUUAGCCAAGGAGUUUUCGGUCGAUCCUGUGCUAGUCGUCGGUGCUGGUCUGAGUGCUGCUGAUGCCGUCAUAGCAGCUCGUUUCCGUGGAAUUCCAGUGCUACACGCAUUUCGCGAUUCUUCUGGAGAUUCUUGGAGAAAGGAUAAUGACGAGGAUGCUGGUAUAAAACUAGGCGGCAGUGGUUACGAUAGACUACAAUGGCUGCCUGCCUCCAUUUAUCCAGAGUAUCAUAAAGUUUACGAGAUGAUGGCCGAUGGAGGUACCAAUUAUCCUCUGUACAAGGCGUUACCUGGAUAUAACCUUGUCGAACUGGGUAACAGUUCAAAUAAAACGGUUACACUUUGCGCUCCAAAUGGACGGCUGGAGACGUAUUGUGUAUCAGUUGCAGCUAUACUCAUAGGAUCAAAACCUGAUCUGUCUUACCUUGAAAAUGGGGGUCUCGGAUUGGGCAAGAAUCCUAUAAAACCAGUAGACAGCAGAUCAAAUCCUAUUGAAAUAGACAAUUAUACUUACGAAGUGACUCAGGCACCUGGUAAAAAUCUUUACGCCAUGGGUCCUCUAGUCGGUGACAAUUUUGUGAGGUUCGUUCUGGGUGGAGCUUUUGGUAUUCUGACUCACAUUCUUCACACCAGUAAUACAUGAAAAUCGACAGUCGUAUGAAUGACACUCUUUAAUCAUACGAUUAGUUUGCUCAAGUCAUGCACGCGCAGCGAGAUCUGAGCUUUGAACAAUUUACUUUUAAAAGAAUUCUACCAUAGGUCGAUUUCCUGCGCAUUUGUAAAUAUAUUUAAAAUUAUUUUUGUAUUACUUUUUAACGAGAAUGAUUUUGUAGUUAUUAGUACAAUAACAAGCUCGCCAUAAUUCCCUGUGACGUAUCCGAAUAUCUUGAAGUUGAGAAACGAGCGUUUCAAUGAAACCGAUGGCAAUUUAUUAUACGAAAAUAAUAAUUUGAGGAAAUUAUUCUGUAUAACGUAUUACAGAUCAUAAAUCAAUAUGCUAUGAUUCUACUUUGAUAUUUUAAUACGAAACGAUCUCGUUUCUUCGCUUUGAGUUUGUUUAGAGAACAGAAUUGUAAGCAACAUUUACUAGGCUACAUUUUAGAGGAGCUUCCUACCUCAAGCCCUGGAUGGCAAUGUCGAGAAAAAUAAACAUAUUUAUUAUAUACAGACAUAUAUUAUAUACAAACACUCAUAUCUAUAUCGAUAUAUCCGUUCGAUUCAUAUUAAUUAUUUAGAUAGCGUUGUAUGCCUCUGAAUUUUAUUUGAUUAGGAAUAUAUUACACUUUCACGACGUUAUCUUUCAAAAAAGCUGGAUAAUCUCAAUGGAAUUUAUCAUUCUCAAUGAACUACAUUUAUUGAUUUCGUUAUACGUAUUAAUUUAUAGGAUUCUAUUGUCUAUAUUUUUUCUAUACCGAUAUUAUCGACCGCUCAGUCAUUGUAAUAAUACAAAUCAUAAUAAUACAGAGCGUUAAUUACUGCUUCAUUGGAUUAACGUUGUUCAUUUGUUUUAAAGUACUCGAGAACACUGUAUUGUCAUUGCCGUAUGAAUCGAACAGAAUUGUUGAGCCUGGCACUAAUGUUGUUAAAGAAUACGUGGACCUGCAGAAUGAAUAAUUAAAGAAAUUAUCAAUCAUGAAUUGAUCAACCGCGAAGCGUAACGCUUAAUCAUUCAAUUAUUUUAAGCAUCCCGUAUUUUCGAUUUAGAGAUUAAUAUAAAUUCAUAAAGCGACACAAAUGUAUCUUAUGAAAAGUACCUAUCCAUAGCGUUACGUUUUUCUUUUUGAUUUUAAUUUUUUUUUUUCAUGGAUACUUCAACGUUGUAGCUCUAGCAGAGCUUAGUGAAUGAAUUGGAAUUGCGACGGUUUCCCUUGAAUAAUUAUUUCAUGACAUAAGGGAAUGAUAUGAUGCGAUAACUGCAAGUACUUAGUCUGUGAUAAGAAGUGCGAUAUAUUGAAAUAUUCGCAGUGACGUUACAAUGUACGAAACUUAAUUGUUGAGCACUUAAGGAAAUUAAACAGCCGAUUAUUAAAAUA